UGCAGCUCGAUGGGAGCCGAAUCGACUCGAGCAGGAAGCGGACGGAUGUUCUGGGAGGAAGGCAGGAACAACAAAAAGGAGGAGGAGUGAUUGUCCGGGUUUUAAUCCCGCUAAACACAAUUUUUAAAUAAAGUACACAACAUUCGCUGUAGGUGAAAGCGGAUUGUUUGCAUGUGAGCGCAAGUGUCGGCUGAGCCAACAUGGCGAACAACGCAGAGGAUGUUGAAAACAAUAUGGACCAACAGCAGGCGAACACGAGCCCAGAGGCCGUCCAGCAACCCCAGGAGGCCCCGGCGACGAGAGCCAGGUCCAGGGGAGGCUCUGGCGAUGAGGGAGGGGGCGAUGGCUCCGGACCCGAGCCGAACGGCCAGCCCCCGGCCGCCCAUCCCGCUCAAGUGGUGGAGAACGAAGAGGAGGAGGACGAGGAGAUGACCUUGAAAUACGGGGCCAAGCACGUCAUCAUGCUCUUUGUUCCCGUGACGCUGUGCAUGGUGGUGGUGGUGGCGACCAUAAAGUCCGUCAGCUUCUACACCAAGAACGACGGCCAGAGGCUGAUCUACACGCCAUUCCCUGAAGAGACGGACACCGUAGCACAGCGAGCCGUCAACUCCAUCCUGAACGCCACCAUCAUGAUCACUGUGAUUAUCGUCAUGACUCUGGUGCUGGUGUUGCUGUACAAAUAUCGCUGCUACAAGGUGAUCCAAGGCUGGCUGUUUCUCUCCUCCCUCCUUUUGCUCUUCUUCUUCUCCUUCAUCUACCUCCAGGAGGUUUUCAAAACCUACAACGUAGCCAUGGACUACUUCACCCUGGCGAUAGUAGUGUGGAACUUCGGCGUGGUCGGCAUGAUCUGCAUUCACUGGAAAGGACCUCUGCGGCUCCAGCAGGCCUACCUCAUCAUGAUUAGCGCCUUGAUGGCGCUGGUUUUCAUCAAAUACCUGCCCGAGUGGACCGCCUGGCUCAUCCUGGCAGUCAUAUCCGUUUACGACCUGCUGGCUGUGCUCUGCCCCAAAGGACCGCUGAGGAUUCUUGUAGAGACGGCUCAGGAGAGAAACGAACCCAUUUUUCCAGCUCUCAUCUAUUCUUCUACAAUGGUGUGGCUCGUCAAUAUGGCCGACACCGACAGGCCAAAGAGGAACUCCGCAGAAGCGUCUCCACCUCAACAACAGACUCAAGACUCAGCCGUAGAGUCUCCGGCGCCGUCGAGUCCCUCGCAGGACGACGGCGGCUUCACCUCCUCCUGGGUCAGCCAGCAGGAGCACCGGCUGGGGCAGCUCCAGUCCACCGAGGAGACCAGACGGGAGAUCCAACAGAUGCCGUCUUCGCGUCCGCCUGUGGAAGAAGACGAUGAGGAGAGGGGCGUCAAGCUGGGGCUCGGGGACUUCAUCUUCUACAGCAUGCUGGUGGGGAAGGCCUCGGCCACGGCCAGCGGCGACUGGAACACCACGCUGGCCUGCUUCGUAGCCAUCCUCAUCGGUUUAUGUCUGACUCUUCUCCUGCUCGCCAUCUUCCGGAAAGCUCUCCCCGCUCUGCCCAUCUCCAUCUUCUUCGGCCUCGUCUUCUACUUCGCCACGGAUAACCUGGUGCGGCCGUUCAUGGACGAGCUGGCGCUGCACCAGUUUUACGUUUAGCAGGACCACGCGACCCCGAGACGACCCUCACCCGCACAGCACGACAGCGCUCGCCCCCCUUCCCCACCGCCUUCACCUUCCCCUCUGCGGCCCGGGAGAACAAAGAACGACGCAGCCGUCCCUCAUACCAACACCUCCUCACGAUGCUGGAACACGACGACGGCUGCUCUUAAAGGUUUUACGACCCUUUUUUUUUUUUUUAAAGAGACAUUUUUUCAUCGAGAUGACAGGUAAUCUUCAGCUUGGCCAGCAAAUAGAGAUCUCAGGAGGCUCUUUAGUUUCCAUCUCCUUCAUCAAGGGGCUUUACAGCAGGUGCCUUCCUCAGGGACACCUACACAGUAGCUGCUUCAAGAAGAGGGAGUAUUCUCUUUAAGAUUAUAGCAAAAACCUCUCUGGUCCAUUUCAGCUCCAAACCUUUACUGCGCCUUUCAUCAAAAACAACGGACGGACGGACGGACAGCACCGCCGGCCAGUAGAUAGUGACGUGUAGUUUGAACGUGUACGAGACGUCGGAGCGCGCUUCGCUCGCUGCUGUUAAAGAGUGAAAUAUUAAUUGCGUCAUUAUCGUUUUGCUUUACUUAAGGAACAAGAUUCAAACUUGACUGAUUUUUACGCCCACAAAGGCGAACGCCUCAUCGGACAAGAGUCUCCGUUUCCGACGACGAAAGCGCGGGCGGGGGGAGGGUGAUCCGAGUUUUCCCACGCAAGCCACCGAGCGAUUCCGCUGGAGCACUCUGAGAGUUCAGUGCCUUGCUCGAGGGCAUUUCAGUAGUUGUCGUUAUAAUUGUGUGACAGACAUGUGCUAUGUUUUGUUUUGCCUUCCUCCCCGAAAUCUGUCCAGGGAUUGUAACCUGUGAUCAUCCGGUCACAAACUCUAAACCUUUAGGCUACUGCUGCCCUCAUGACGCUCGCCUGGUGCUGUUUGGAACUGUGCUCACAUCAAACACUGAACUUUACUGCAUCACACGGAUGCCGCCGGGAUACAUUUUCUCCUUAAUUGUGCUGAAAAGAAAUUGCUCUUUGCUUUGUUUUGGGUUUUCUUUUUUUUAUCGGGGUAAGUGUUUAGACAUCUAAAAUUGUGUAAUGUCCGCAGCCUUUGGUGCUACUAAAUGACAGAAUCUGGUAUUUUUUGGAAAACCAUUCACAAUUCUCUCAUGCGUCGUAAGGUGUUUCGGCCACAGACAAAAAAAUCAAACCUAAAAUACGUAGUCUGGUUUAAAUAAAAAAAAAAAUAAAAAAAACUUUGAAUAAUGAACUAACAUUGAAUAUGAAGGAGGACCAGCUGCACUGAUUGCUUCUUUGUUGCACUCGGGUUUUGUGCUUUUGAAGAACCCCUGAGGGAACAAAAGAGUAAUAUUUGCUGUGAGACGGCUUUUACUCCCUGUUUUUGUUUAUAGGGAAACUUGCUUUAGUUUCCUUCACAGGCUUUUGUGUGUUAUGCGAGAUUGUUCCAAUUCCGAUUUUGUUCUUUUUUUUAAUAAACAGUGAAACAUGAA